GCAGAGCGCGCUGGAGAGCGAGCUGUCAAUUACUGUUGCGCGAGACUGAAGGACAGACAUCAAUACACGCUCCUGACGUUACAGCUGUGCACGACGCGCGUUCCAAAAUGGUGUUGGACCCUCGAGGAGAGGUUGAUGUUGUAGAAGGGGAACUAGAAGACUGUGAAAAGCAAAAGCAGGAGCUGAAUUCACCAAACCAGACCAGCAGGGAGAUGGAGAACAUGGUUUCCACCAAUAGCAGCGAGGAAGGUUCCAGAACUGACAAAUCUGAGAGUGAAGAGAGGACCUUUGUGACCAAUCUGUACUGUUUCAUGAAGGAAAGAGGCACGCCUAUAGAGAGAAUUCCCCAUCUUGGCUUUAAACAGAUCAACCUGUGGAAAAUCUACAAAGCUGUGGAGACACUUGGAGGAUAUGAUGCGGUAACAGUGCGGAGGCUAUGGAAGAAUGUGUAUGAUGAGCUGGGAGGUAGUCCAGGCAGUACCAGUGCAGCAACCUGCACACGCAGACACUACGAAAGGUUGGUGUUGCCCUUUGAGCGGCAACUGAGAGGUGAGGAGGACAGACCACUACCACCCUCCAAACCUCGAAAACAGUACAAGAGGAGCCCUGAGAACAGGGGAAGUAAGCCAGAGAGCAAGAAGAAGAGGAAGAUGGAGAGAGAAGAGUGCGAGGACAAAAUGGGAUCAGAUCAUCACUGUGAGAGAGGCAUGUGUUCCCAUCACAGCCCAUGGUUGGCAUCCUCCGAUCACCUGGACUCUGAUCAGUCAUCCGUGGUUUCUGUCCAUGGUCCCCACCCUGGCACCUGCUCCAGAGAGAAUCCUCUCCUUCAUACUCCCACCCCGACUGAGGUGAUCUCUCCCUUGGAGAAGAAGAAGCGUCUGGCCCAGGCUAGCCUGACCAUCCCUGCCUCUGGCACCUUGGAGGAUGGUGCAGAACUGGAGAGACCCUCUGUUAUUCAGCUGUCCCACUGUUCCCAGUCUCCUGUGUGUCCUUCUUCCACUCGAACUCGCCACUCUUCCGAUGGCUCACCCCUCCCCGUCUCCUCUCCGUCUGGCUCCUUGUCCCGUAGCCCUUCUCCUUGCUCUGUCUCCUCUGAGGACUGUAUAGCCGUGCCAACCCAGAAGUCUUCUUCCAAAGAUACUGAAAGUAAGACACCUUCUCAUGUGUCUGCUCUCCCCACGUCCAAGGCUGCUAGCACAGGAGUUUGUAAGCCUCUCGGAUGUUACCCCAGCAGCAAAGAACUUGUCAACUAUCACCGCAACCAUUACAGGGAUUUCCUGCCAGGUGGCCAACUCCACUCCGAAAAGACCCAGAGAAGUCUUUCACCAUGGACUUUGGAUGGUAAAUCCAGCACCAGACUUACAUCCUACAGGAUGCCUUCACCUGCAUACACCAAACCCUGCUGGGUCCCUCAUGCCUCCAGCUUCUCCAAGGUCUUACCACGAGAUCCCUGCAGACCUGUGUCACUACAGCACACUUUUAAACCGCACAUGUCCUACCCCCAGCACCUCCUAAAGAGGCCCAUCACCGACGAUGCCUACUUGAAGAAGAUAUCAAUGGGCUCUCCACAUCGCAUUAUGGACAGGAAAGAGAAAGCAAAGACAGAGUUGCCCAAGCCUUUGCCUACCCAGCAGUUCUUCUACCACCCUCAUGCCGGUGUAGCAGUGCCCUACCUGCCAAGAGCUCGGGCAGACUUAAACGAACAGUUGAAAGCUCUACCUCUUCAACAUGUCUUUCUUCCAACCCAUCUAACAAUUCCUCCUUCUCAGACUCACUCUAUGCAUUGCCCACCAGGGGGCACCCCCUUUCCUGGGUCUUACGAGGCUGCUUUGUCCUCCUACCCUUACCCAUUACCCAUCUGGCAUCCACCCGCUGGGUACAAUAUGGCAGGCCUGCAGCCCUACUGAACGACUCUGAAACAACUGGUCCUUCAGAUCUAUAGGUCAACGUGAAAUCAAAAUAGACGAGUUUACUUUCUCAAUACAGACUCCUUCACGUUACUAGAAAACUCAGAUACUGAAGUAUCAAGUCGAUUUUCUUGAUCAGCUUUCAGGAUAAUUUUACAUGAAGUACAAUGGGUUGCAAAGUGUUUCUUGUUGAUUUUAAAAACUAAUGCUAACUGAAGGAGUUUCAUACAUGGUCCUGUAGUUCAGCUGGUAGAGCAUGACACUUGCAACUGCAAGGUUUAGGAAUCAAUUCACAGUGUAUACACAAUACUGAUAAAAUGUAGCAGUGAAUGCACUGAAAAUCAUUUUU